AUGACAGAAGAAGGAUUUCGAAAGCGCUUUAGGAUAGGAAGACCAGAGACAGGAGAAACAUUUUCUCAGUUUGGAGUGCGGAUGGAGAGUUAUUUCACCCGUUGGCUGGAAAUGUCAGGUACUGCAUCAACCUUUGACGCAUUGAAGGAUUUUGUUGUCAAGGAUCAGGUUCUUCAAACCUGUGGGCAUGAUCUGACACUCUUCAUCAAGGAAUGGACUCCCAAGACAUUGGCAGAGAUGACAGAGAUGGCUGAUCAGUAUGCAGAGGCCCGAGGAAAUCCGACGAAUUUAGUUAAGCCCAAGUUCACUGGUUCUAAGCACAGCAGAGGCGGAAAUCGCGCGCAGGUGGCAGAUGGUAAAUCGUCAGACAAGAAAGAUGUCAAAGUUUCUGGGAGCAAUAUCAGACAUUGUUAUAUUUGCAAGAAGACUGAUCAUUUGGCUAACAGAUGUCCAAAGAGGGAUUCAAACAAAGUUGGUGUGGUAGAUGUUGAGACUUCGACAGGCCAUGCACCCGUUUCCUGUGGAGCGGCGGGUGUUAAGAUGCCGGUAGUCAUGGGGUAUGUUGGCAAUCACCGUAUCUCUGUGUUAAGGGAUUCAGGAUGUGGAAAGGCAGUAGUGAUGAAGAGUUUAGUGUCUCCAGAGGAAAUGACUGGGAAGGUUGAGGCGUGUAAACUUGCUGAUGGUACCGUAUUACAUCUAUCUACGGCUAGAAUCAUGGUCGACACCCCUUAUUAUACGGGCCGAGUCGAAGCCUGGGUUAUGGAAACGCCUAUAUAUGACCUUAUGUUGGGCAACAUGGUUAAUGUCAGGCCAGCAGAGGAACCCGAUAGCGCAUGGGAACAUACUCAGGAGGCAAGCGCGGUUCAGACGAGAGCACAAGCAGGUCAGGAUACAACUUAUCGUCCCCUGAAGGUUCCGAAGGAUCUGGGAGAUAUUGAUCCGGGCAAGUUUAAGGAUGCACAACUGACUGAUGGUACUUUGGCAAAGAUUCGUGAAUUUGUAAAAAGCGGGCAAGUAAAGGAGAGGCAAGACGGGAGUUCGUCUAAAUUUACUGUUCGACAGGGUCUGAUAUAUAGAGAAUACAAGGGUUCUGCAAAGCUUCAAGGGCGUACAUCCAAGCAACUAGUGGUUCCAUCACAGUACAGAGGCAUUGUUCUUCGGUUGGCUCAUGACUCAGUCAUGGCGGGACAUUUGGGGGCCAAGCGAACCGCAGAUCGGAUUUUGUUAGAGUUUUACUGGCCAGGGAUCAUCGCGGAUGUGUCGCGUUAUUGCCGUUCGUGCGAUGUAUGUCAACGUACUUUCCCUAAGGGUAGAGUAACCAAAGUUCCCCUUGGGAGGAUGCCACUUAUUGAUAUACCCUUCCAACGCGUCGCCAUCGAUUUAGUUGGCCCACUUCAGCCAGCCACUGACCGUGGGAAUCGAUAUAUACUUACGUUAGUGGAUUACGCUACACGGUACCCGGAGGCGGUCGCUUUAAAAGGUAUCGAAGCAGAGAGAGUCGCUGAGGCUUUGGUAGACAUAUAUAGCAGGGUAGGAGUCCCGAGAGAAGUAUUGACUGACCAAGGGUCCCAAUUCACGUCGGAAGUGAUGAAGGAGGUCAGCAUGUUGUUGUCAAUUCGUCAGCUCACAACCACCCCUUACCACCCGAUGUGUAAUGGCCUGGUGGAAAGAUAUAACGGGACACUUAAACAGAUGCUCAGGAGGAUGUGCAGUGAACGUCCAAAGGACUGGGACAAAUACCUCAACGCGCUGUUGUUCUCUUACCGAGAGGUUCCACAAGAAAGCCUAGGUUUCUCCCCGUUCGAGCUACUCUAUGGAAGAGUGAUUAGAGGGCCAAUGAGAAUUCUUCGCGAAUUAUGUGCCAAGGAUGUUCCUGAUCCAGAAGUGAAAACAACCUACCAGUAUGUGGUUGAUCUUAGAGAACGGCUUGAAGAGACCUGCAAAUUGGCACGGGAGCACCCGGAGACAGCUAAAGUUCAACAGGCUCACUGGUACAACAAAAAGGCAAAGGAAAGGAAGAUGAAGCCUUGA